AAUUAGUUGUUUUUGAUGUUACCGGUCACUAUGCUGGUCACCACGCUAGUUGUACAGUGUUUGUUGUAGUGGAGGCGGCGUCGUCUUACGAACUGUCAUUAGAUGGAGACUGCGUGUUUUUCUUCAUGAUUGUAGUGGUACUUGCUGCUAAGCUUGCCCUUCCAUCUCCAUGAAGAUGCAGCAUUAUAAUAGAAUUAAAUCAUAUUUUCAACGCAAAGGUAAACAACUCAUAAAACCUGUAGCAAUUUCCCUUGCCAUCUGCCUGUUUUUGUGGAAGUUACAUUGUUUGCUAUUCAAAUUAGAAAAUGUGAUCUGCAUUUCCAUUACGGGGCGUUUGGCCAAUGCCAUGUUCCAGGAAGCCUUUGUGUUCACCUUUGCCAAAAACAAAGGAAAACCUAUGGUCGUCUUCAGCAGCGAAAACCCUCUUACUGAUAUCUUUACCUUGGAAGGAUUAAACUGGAAAUACGAUUCUACUCAUUUAUGUCGCUGUUAUCCUAAAUAUUUUGACAGAUGGGAUUGUGCCUUUGACGACCAGUACGAAAAACUCCAGCUCUCUUCAAAAGAUACCGUUCAAGUGUUUGGAUAUUUUCAGUCAUGGAAAUAUCUAAAAGGCUACGAGAGAGAAAUUAAAAAACUGUUUACCUUUCAGCCAUCAAUUAGGCAAAGAGCAGACAAACAGUUGCGGGGCAUUAUCAAGUCUUUCCAGGACAAGGGAGUAACAAAGAAGACAGUCUUGGUUGGAGUCCAUAUUCGACGAGGAGAUUAUGUGACGGAGAAAACAUUUGUAAAUUUCGGUUACAAUGUAGCGACCGAAACUUACAUUCAUAAUGCGGUAAAGUAUUUCCAAGAUAGAUAUCCUGACGUUCUGUUCAUCGUCUGCGGAAACGACCUGCCUUGGGCAAGAGAGGUGAUGCAGAAGUAUGAGAGGACCUACUUUGUAGAAGGCAACUCCCCCUCCCAGGAUAUGGCCCUUCUCACAGGGACCCACCAUACUUUGAUGACCGUCGGAACCUUUGGGUGGUGGAUCGGGUGGCUCACCAAUGGCACCACCGUGUACUACAAGCACACUUACAGGGAAGGAACAGACUUCAUGAUGGAGUUCAAUGGCGGAAUCACUGACCACUUUCCUCCUCACUGGGUUGGCUUAGAUUGAUUAUUGGUCCUCAUUAUAUGUUAUGCUCAGCAUUAAAGUCACUAGUCAGGUUAUUAUAUUAUCUUGUCUGGUAAAUCAAAUUCGUUUAUGCAUAGAUGUAAUUGCAUUUGCAUGUGUCUAAAUGAUCAAGAAAUGUAUUCUAUAACCUGAUAUUGCUUCUUCCUGCUUCUUUCUAAUCUGGAUGGAUGCUUGUCAGACUGUAUCUCCAUCAUUAUGUUAAUGCUUUCAGGUAGUUGCCGUGUGUCAUUACACUUUAACUUUUCCUCAAGCAUCUUUUUUGCGACUGUAGCCAAAAAUUACACUCAGGGUUUUUAUUAAAAACUCUUAAAUUUUUAAAAAGGUAUGACUUUGAACCAAAGAACGAAUUGUUUAUUGUUUGAAUAGAAUGACGAUGGCUAAAAAAGUGUAAGUCUUCCGUGUAUUGUCUAUUGUUUGAAUAGAAUGACGAUGGGUAAAAAAGUGUUAUAGUCUUCCAUGUAUUGUCUAUUGAUUAUGAUUAAUGUGAGAUAUGUUUCAACUAAUGCUCACGCCAAGAUCUUUUGAUGACUUGUGACCCUCUAUUUAAUACUCUUUCGAUUGGAUUUCUAUUACAGAAAGAUGUACUUAAUGAGUUCAUCUAUAUGUAUACUGUAUAGUUUAUUUUCAAUGCAAGGAGUAUGCCUCUUUUUCUUGGAAAAAUUAUGAAAAGAAAUAGUUUUUGUAUACUAUGAAUGAAAAACUUGGUCUUCCAUAAUGUUUAGAAUAUCUGUCUUCAAAAGCAAUAAUUACAAGUAUUGAAGGGUACAAAUGUUCAUUUGAUGAAUAUAUGAAAACUUAAGGCAGUUUUGUUACCAAAAAAAUACCAUUGCCCAUUGGUAAUAACUUACAAAAAAAUUCUAUAUUUUCAUUAUGUUUUUGAAUAAAAAUCAAAAACACGUUCAUGACAACUCUUCACCAAACACUCAACUACUUUAACUUUCAUAUCAUAUAUUUGAAAGGGUGAGAAACAUGAAAACCUUUUAUAUUUUAUAUUUAGCAUUUUCUUUAACAUAAAAUUAUUUGCAUGGAACACGUCAACUGCACAAACACUCAGCUACAUGUAUUUUGACUUUCAUAACAAAUACCAAGUAAACAAAUACGUGAUUAUGUUAUAACAUUAACCUUUAGUCCAUCCUCGAAAUACCAAUCUACAUGUAUUUUGACUUUCAUAUCAAAUGCUUGGUAAACAAAUAUGUGAUUAUGUUAUAAAAGCAUAAACCUCUAGUCCAUCCUCAAAAUACGUCAGCUGAUUGCAUUUUGCAUCAAAAUGUAAGGAUACUUAAUCAAAAGUGUGUUAUUUCAUAGAUAAUAUUUAAUUUUAAAAUUUAUUGAUGAUUUAGAAUAAAAUGUGUAAACAUUGUACAAUUGUACAUUUGAUUGAUUUGAAAUAAGUAUGAUGUUAGAGCAAUAAUGUUUAACAUGUUAUUGUACAGUAAUGUAUAAAACACAUACCGGUACAAUUUUCGGGGGGGUGGGGGGGGGGAUUAUCUGAAUGUAUGCAUUCAUUAACAAUCAUGUUAUUGCAAACUAUAAACCAACUUUUAUUUGCGUGCCAGAAAUUUUCAUCAGGUUAAUGAGAGCCUCGUCACGAAUAUUGUUCGCUGCGUACCAGUCCUUUUCCUGUGGUUUUUAUAACUAAGGCUUGGUCUCGUACAUUAGUAAUCGCGAAACAGUUUAUCGAGAGUUAAUUGUGAAAUAAAGUGCUGCAAAUAAAAGUUGGUUUACAGUAUAUAUGAUAUUUUUUCAUUAUUUUUAUAUUUGUUAUCAUAUUUGAAGUUUGUGCAAGAUAUCUCUUUUUAAAACAGUAAUAAUUUCAAGUUAUCUUUUAGGGGAAAAUACAUGUAUUUGCAUUGUUUUAAUACCAAAAAUAAAAAUUACGGUAAACAUAAAAU